AUGACAGCUAACACUUCAACUACUAUUAACUUAACGAAUAUAAGCACUGCUGCAAAUAACACAACUGAUAUCAGUAUCAAACUAUACAAUGUAUACAGAAAACGAUCGAAACGACGUACGAUCGCCAUAUUACUUAUCAUCCUUAUCUUAAUCAUGGCGAGUACUAUCUGUUUUAUCUGUAUCAAAGCCUCGACUGAUGCCUCCGACACUGGUUUGACGGUUUUACCAUUGAUAUUAGGUGUAAUUAUAGCCACACCCGCUUUCGUUCUUUUAAUCGCUGUAUAUUAUAACUAUCAAAGUUACCGUUUUGGUCACGAUUGGAUGAAGCGUGCACAAUAUUGUGUGAAACUAGAUGGUGAACUAUGGCAGAAGCAGAUCGAUUCACUUCAGAAUACUCUUCCAACAAAAAAUAAACGAAUAUCCUGUCGAAAGAACGACUAUGAUCAAUACAAAGCGAAGACAACUGGUUACAUCGUCUUCACAGAAAAAGGCAUUAUUGUCGAUGAAAUUCUGUGCUUUCAAUACGAUUCAUUAGUAAUUUAUACUGCUGAUUUGGUUGAGCAUACAAAAGAGACAGGACUUUGCGUUCGAUUGAUUAUGCGUACGGAAUCGGCCAUCCCAUUGGACGCAAUAAAUUCUACAAAGAGAAAAAAACGCGAGUUUGAAGUCAAUCUGCUCAUGGGCAAACACCAUCAGACUAAAGAAUUAGUUGAUUUACGCGAAAGUAUUCUUGCUAAUUCGGAGAAAUGUCUUCUCGAGAACACGUUUUCCACACGUCUUCGAACUCUGAAACGCUCGAAUCCAUUCUCAAGAUGA